AUGUCUGAACUGAAACGCAAGCAGGAAGACGAGGAUGAAGUGGCUGCCAAGGUGGCCAAGACGGGCGACGUAGUUUCAAUCAAUGAGGAGAUUGCUGUUGCCGAGUCAUUGAAGGAGUCGCCAGAGCCGGGCGCCGCCAGUGUCGAGGUCGAGGCGGACAAACCUAAAGAGGCUGCUGCCGCGCCCGAGACGGCCGCGUCUGCGCCGGCUGCUGAACCCAAAAAGACCGCCCGCUCCAAGUACGCCGACCUCGAGGGCGACAGCGAGGACAGCGAGGACAGCGAGGACGACGAGGACUUUGACGAGGGGGAGUUCGACGACGAUCUCGACGAGGAAGAAGAGCUCUCUGAGGUCGAGGUCGAGGAGGGCUCGCGUCGGAGGACCCGCGUGGACUACAAAAAGGUCCUCGAGGAGAUGGAGAAGGAAGAGGCCGCCAACCUCCAGGACGACGAUGACAACGAGUUCGUAGCUAAAGAGUAG